AUGUGGUCUAAAGCUGCCAUGCCAAGUCUCGUAGCUGCGAGGAGCUGCGGAGGCGAGGUAGCACGUCAGGUCGCCACGCAAGAGUGGUCGUGCUUGCGUCGCAAUAGCAAAAGCUUCGGCCGGCGAAGGCUCGUGGAUUUGGAGUCACUGAGCCCGAUCAGAAAGUACACCCCGGCAGCAUCUAGCCCUGCGUCUGCAAGUGGCCUAGCGGGCUUGCCACACUUUACGCUGUACACAGGCACAGGCUGCAGCUUGUGCGAUGUUGUCAAGGACCAACUGAAACGUCUCUCGGCUCAGGUGAGAGAUCUAGUCUCGAGAGGCCAAAGACAGCUUCGUGUUGAUGCUUAUCGCCGUGCUUCAAAUUGCAACCACAAUCCAGCAUCCACACGUUCUGAGGCUGUACAACAUUCGUGAUGAUGGGAGCGUCAACGUCAAGUACUGGAGGAGACUGUAUCAAUACGGUGAGCAAGCGGAAAGUUGCACAAAGAUCACUUGGGUUGGUGCGUGGAUGUGCUUCUGUUUCUAACGUCUGCGCCUUGCCCACUCCGCAGACAUUCCUGUUCUGCACCUUGAGGGCCAAGGUGAGCGCUCAGGCUGACUGAAAGCAGCGCUCAAAUUGCUUCCUCUGACAGCAGUACUGCCCCGCAUACUUUGCGCUGCCAACAGAGGUAGCGCGGCACUCCGUAUCCGAUGAGAAGUUGUUGGAGAUUCUCACACAGGCAAAGGCAGGCCGUUACUCGGAGACACAGGAGACUUUUAGAGAAGAGCGGCUCCGUAACAGUCGUGAUCAUUCUUUCUGA